UUGUCUAUUUUCUGUGAAUGGCAACAGCUGAUUGCUUGCGAGUAAACAACAGAAUUACGUUCUCGCCGUGCAGCUGAAGAUUGCGUUGGGAGUGCUCUGUUCGGAGGGCAGAUCUCGUAACCGGAGGCGGCACCAUGUGCACACUGCAUCCCGAGGAGGAGGCCCACCUGGCAGCCAUGGGCAGCUGUGGUUCCCGAACCAGCACGCCCAGCCCAAGGCCAGUCUUCUCCAUGUCAAAUCCCCCACCACGGUCGCUAUUUGAUGUCUGCUGGGACGAUGUGCUCAUCCCGCAGGUGGCCGUCUACCUGUCACUCAAGGAUCUCUUCAACCUGCGCUGCUGCUCGCGUACCGCGCUACGCUUCGUGGAGGCUGCACUGGAAAAACGGCAGGAACUGCAUCUCUCCGGGAACAACACAAGCAAUAUCGAUGUGGGCUUUCGAGUCUUGGCUCGCUGUUGUCGCCGGCUUGAGGUGCUCCACUUGGCCUGCUGCCGUUGGCUGACGGAUGAACUGCUCCUCCCACUGCUGGCCAACAACAAGAGACGGCUGUGGGCCGUCAACCUGAACGAGUGCAUCAACAUUACAGCCCUCUCGCUCCAGCCAAUCAUCGUGGAGUGCAAAGAUCUUCGAGUGCUUAAGCUGUCCAAGUGUCAGUGGCUGACGACGGGAGCCGUAGAUGCAUUGACGCUGCACCAGAGCAAGCUGGUGGAGUUCGACAUCUCCUACUGUGGAGCCAUUGGAGAACGCUGCCUGAUUAUCUUCUUCCGGAAACUCAAUAAGCUUACCGUCCUGUCGCUCGCGAAUACGCCCAGUGUGACCGACCAGGUGCUCAUCCAGAUCGGGAAUUAUUGCCGCGAGCUGGAGCACAUCAACCUCAUUGGCUGUGCUGCCAUCUCCGACUAUGGAGUGCACGCCCUCACCCAGAGUUGCCCCCUCCUUCAGUCGCUGAUGGUGCAGCGCUGUCCCCUGGUCACGGAACGGGUGUUGGCCCCUCUCCGCGGACGUGUGCACAUCGAUCGACCGGGCAUGGGUUACAUGCCGACCAUGCAACACCAUCGCCUGUUCCUGCAGGUGUGAGAUAAAUCCCUGACUCCGGACCAAUAAACCCAAAGUACCAAGGAGGCUUUCGAGGCUAUCCAAUGUUUUUGCUGUAAAUACAUGCCUUAGCAUGGGACGCUUUAAUUUACUUUUAAGCUUAAUAUUACACUUUGUUAACAUUAAUUUAGGCUGUACAAUAAAAAUAUUACCUAUUCAUCUUUCUCUCCGAAA